UGUGUGUUUGUAUACAUGUAUGUAUGUAUAAGGGAAGAUAUGCACACACUUCUUGACCCUUGAAUCACUUAAUUGCAUGAUACUGUUCUAUUUAUGGUUUAGGAAGAAAUUCCAAUAUCCUAAAACAUCUGUUUUUAUUGGGAAUUAUAAAUGUUCAGAAAUCAUUUAAAUUCUUCAUAUUUUCUGGAAAACUGACAUCUUAAGAGUUACCCCCCAAAACACGGAUUCUUGUCCUUGUUCAUUUGUUGUGGUAUUGUUGCUUGAAAAGGUGAUGAAAAAUUCAAUGAUGCAAUGGUACAUUUUGUCGGCUGAAAACCAUACACAUCAUGCGUCGGAGAAUCAUGAAUUGAUUCUUAAUGGUUCGAUUCUAGAGAUGAACCAAAACAUGGCCUUGACCUUGCUUCCGGUGGUCAUAUACGUCACAAUCAUAAUGAUACUCGGAAUCGUGGGUAAUUUUGUCGUAUGCUACAUUUACUUUUUCAGAUGGAAGAAGAAAACUGUGAAAUAUUUUAUUGGAUUCUUAGCAGCAUACGACUUAGUAGCUUCUGUAAUUUGUAUGCCCAUUGAGAUAGCAAUGCUUCAAAACCCCGUGACCCUAGAUGAUGCAAACCUCUGUAGAUUCGUGCGAUUUACUCGUUCUGUGACGUCACUGGGAGCCGGAUUAAUGCUAGUGGUGAUUGCAGUUGACCGAUACAUGAAAAUCUGCAGGAUGACAAGUAGACAUAUUAAGAUUCCUUUCGCAAAGAAAUUAUGUGUGUCAACAGCAGUAGUUGCUUUGUUAUUUUCGUGGCCAUGCCUCAUCAUAUUCGGCCAGACCAACAGAAUAAAAUCCCCCAUUGCAGAGACAGCAUGUUCCAUCGACAGAGGAUAUUCGGACACGCCUUAUCCGACAUUGUACUACGGCAUGGUUUCUGUUCUCUUUCUGAUAAUAUCAUUGUGUCUGCUCAUAUUUUACUCUUUAGUCUUGAAAAAAUUGUGCAAACAUUCAGCUACAGGAAUAAGAAAAAGUAAAUUUACCCUUGAGAGUAACAGUAAUAAUGUAUCAUCCUCUCCAGAAAGUUUUCAAAAUGAUUCUUCUUAUCUCAGUAUAGAAACUAAAGAUUGCCCGUCUCCUGUUGAUCAAAAUUCUGAAAAAUUUCUCAAAACAAACACCAAUGCAAAUGUUUCUACUCUAAAUCGACCUUCCACUCAAAUUCGAAUGAAAAGAACUACGUUUAUGUUGUUGUUAAUUACACUUAUACACUGGGUGAGUUACUUCCCCUAUUUCGGUUUGCUUCUUGUUAAGACGUUUAAUACCCAGUUCUUGCAAAAUAUGUCCACUAAUGACCAAGUCCUCUACAAUCUCGGAAUACUGUCUCAUUUCCUCAGUAGUGGAAUCAACCCCUUUGUGUAUGGAUUUUUUAGCCAAGAUUUUCGUAAAGAGCUUCAAAGGGCUAUUCUAACAAUAAAAGAUAAAAUAGCAUGUUAAGUUCCUUCAGCAAGAUUUUGCAGGAGGAUUACAAUUAAAUAUAUUCAAUAGUAAGAAUUUUUCAGAAUAUUAUUUCAGUUAUUUUACGUUUGUAACAGGAGAAAGUUGUUAUCAACCAUAUGCAAAAGAGAGCAACCAACGCUGAAGUAUCUGAAAUAAACUUAUUUUGUAAACAGAUCUUAAGACUCGUGUUCUUUAACUUACCGAUAUAUGAAUAAUUCCUUUUUCCCCUUACUUCGACUUGACCUUUGACCCGUGUAUAUAUAGAUAAGCUACAAUUCUAGCACUUAAAAUAUGCAGUUACACCUUCGCAAGUCAAAAAAUAUUGGUCAGAACAUUCCCUGUUCAAAAGAGGCUGGUACGAUAAAUCCCUCCUUAAUGCUAAAUCUAGAGAUUAACUUUGCCUGUUGUCCUAUCAAAUUUACUUCAAAAAUGUUUUCUUAUAUCUUGGUUGUAAAAAAAACCUUGUGUAA